GUGCGGCGCGCCCGGCUCUCAGUCGCCACGCCAUGCUGCUCAGGUCGGGAGGUGCGUGCAGCGUGCUGCGCAGCCUGUGCCACAGCACUGCGGAGGUGGAGAGGGGGUGCCUGGCAGCCCUGCCCGCUGUACUGGAUGACGUGCUGGCGCAGUACGAGCGUGUGCCGGUAGCACGGCAGUGGUAUGCUCAGGUGCUGGCCCACCACCUGCCCUUCCAGACACUCAGCAUGGGCUUCACGACAGUGGACUGCUACCAGCAGCUGGUGCCCGGCGCGCCCAACCUGCCGCUGGCGCGCACGCUGGCCUGGUGCGUCGAGCUGCUGGGAGCGUUCUUGGCGGUGGUGGACGACAUGUACGACGGGGCAGAGCAGCGCCACGGCCGGCCGUGCUGGUACCGCGUGCAGGGACCAGCCGCUCUCAAUGACGCCCUCUUUCUGCACGGCGCCGUGUUCUCCCUGCUGCGGCGGAACGCUGCGCGACGCAGCUACUACCCGGCCCUGCUGCACCUCUUCCACCAGGUGGGGCACGUCACUCACCUGGGGCAGGUGUUGGACCUGCGCAGCACGGGCGUGGACGGGCGUCCGCGCUGGGAGCUGUUCACAGACCGCUACCAGCGCGACGUGUGCCGCUACAAGGCCGAGCGCUACAUCACGCACCUGCCCAUCAGCAUCGCGCUGCACAUGGCGGGGCUGGACGAGUUGCUGGAGGACGCACGGGGCACGCUCGACCUGCUCGGACGGCUCUUCCAGGUGCAGGACGACUUCCUGGACGCCUUCGGGGACCCGCUGGAGACGGGCAAGGCAGGCAACGACAUCCGCGAGGGUCGGUGCAGCUGGGUCGUGGUGGCGGCACUGCAGGUCGCCAGCCCGGCGCAGCGCGCUCGCCUCAUGUGUUGUCACCUGUCGCUUUCCACGGGAGAGAAAAGACUGCACGCUGCUCAAUUUUUUCUGUCGGUCUACCUUCAUGAAAAAGUACGCCCUUUAUCAGCAGUGUUGUCACGCAGCACGCGUUGCAGGAGAACUACGGGCGCACGGACCCGGCCAGCGUGGCGGCCGUGCAGCGGCUGUACCGUGAGCUGCAGCUGCCGCGCCUCUUCGCGGCCCACGAGGACCGGCUCCGGCGCGCCGUCCUGGCGCGGGCGUGCUCCGGUCCGCGCCCGCUCCGGCGUCUGUUCCGACGCCUGCUGGCCACGCUGUACCGGCGCCACCAGCCGGCCUGUACGCCCGCUUAGCUGCUACAGCCAGUGUGCCGGGCAACGGUGGAGGACGCACUCUGCAUUAUGUAAAACUUAGUGGGAUAAAUACUGAUACUCAAUUUA